AUGGAAGAACUAGCCUCCGCCGUACCUGAAUCAUGGUCUGGGUGGUGGGGAAUCAGCAAUGCCGGCGACCAGGUUGAUCUUAUACUUGUCAUUGCCGUUGCUGUGUUUUCCAUCUUCUGGUUUGUAUGGAUGUGGACAUCCAAGAAUGGUGGCAGCAACCACCAACUACCACCAGGCCCGCCACCGUUACCGCUAGUCGGUAACCUCCUUUCUCUCGAUACAGACCUCCACUCGCACUUUGCCACCUUAGCCAAAACCUACGGUCCAAUUAUGACCCUUUGGCUCGGUAGAAAAGUGACCAUCGUAAUCUCCUCCCCGGCCCUAGCUCACGAGGUGCUCAAAGUUCACGACACCACCUUUGCCAACCGUGAUAUGACGGUUGCCGGUAACGAGUCCUCAUACGGUGGCAAUGAUAUCGUAUGGUCUCCGUAUGGGGAUCAAUGGCGGAUGUUGAGAAAGAUUUGUGUUCGUCAGAUGCUCAGCAAUGAAGUAUUGGAUUCCGUUUACUCUCUCCGGCGGAAAGAGAUCAGGAAAACCAUCAAACAACUGUACAGCCAGGGUGAGUCUCCGGUGAACAUUGGCGAUCAAAUGUUCUUGACGUUUAUGAAUGUGGUCACGGGGAUGAUGUGGGGUGGAACAGUGAAGGAAGAGAAUAUGGUGAGUUUAGGAGUGGAGUUCAGGCAAGCGAGCAAUGAGUUAACCGAGUUAUUGGGUACGCCAAACUUGUCGGAUUUGUAUCCUAGUUUGGCCUGGUUUGAUCUGCAAGGGAUCAUGAAGAAGACGAAGGUGGCAGCAAAGAAGUUUGAUGCGAUCUUCGAGAAGAUAAUUGAUCAAAGAAAGAAGAUGGAUGGGGAUGAAAUUAAUAACGACUUUUUGCAGUUUUUAUUGCAGGUUAAAGAUGAUGGAGAUUACAAAACACCAUUCACCAUGAACCAUCUCAAAGCUUUGCUCAAGGACAUGGCUAUAGGAGGAACCGACACAACCUCAACGACAAUCGAGUUCGCCUUAGCUCACAUGAUCGACAAACCUGAAAUCCUCAAAAAGGCCCAACAAGAACUAGAUACAAUUGUUGGCAAAAACAACAUAGUUGAAGAAUUCCACAUUAAAAACCUACCUUACUUGCAUGCCAUCAUGAAAGAAACUCUCCGUUUACACCCGAUACUCCCACUUCUACUCCCACAUUGCCCCAGCAAGUCGUGUGUCAUCGGUGGCUACAUGAUCCCAAAAGGUGCUCGAGUUUUUGUCAACGCAUGGGCGAUUCAUAGAGAUCCUACGAUAUGGGAAAACCCUUUGGAGUUUAUCCCUGAAAGAUUUGUGGAUAAUAAGUGGGAUUACAGUGGGAAAGACUUCAACUAUUUCCCGUUUGGAGCUGGGCGAAGAAUAUGUGCAGGGACUACGAUGGCGGAGAGGAUGUUUAUGUAUUCACUUGCUUCGCUUAUUCAUUCAUUUGACUGGAAAUCAGGUGAAGGAGAGAAGAUUGAACUGGGUGAAAAGUUUGGGACUGUUUUGAGGAAGAAGAAGCCUCUCAUGGCAGUUCCAACACCAAGAUUGUAUGAAUCGUAUAUGUAUGAGUGAUGUGUUAAUGGCCUUAUCGCAAUUUGUAUACCAAAAUAAUGUAUUUUAAGUGUUGAUGUCUGUAUAUCUU